AGCUCCGAUUGACCCGGAUGCCAUGGACCUCUUGGGAAGAGAAGAGGUGUAUAGCUUUGCUUACGCAGACGCUUUGCGACGAGGCGUGCGCAUCUCCGAGAAGCUGCAUGUGGACAAGUUCUCAGGGCGCUUCACCUGGACACGGGGCCAGGAGAGCGAGGAGAAGGAUGAAAAGGUGAAGUGCCAAGGCAGCUCGUACCUCCUCUCUCAUGUGUCGAGUGUUCGCUUCACCACGCGCCUGGGCGAUCCCAACUCCGAGUUUUGGACCGCCGCACAGAAGCUGGUGCGCCACAAGAAGAUCAGGACGCUGAGCACCGGACCCGUGCUCAGCCUCCUGGUGAUGAUCUUCAACGUCCUGACCUUGACUCUAGUUCUAGCGGCCUGCCUGGCACACGCCAUGUGGCUGGUCUUUCCCCGGGUGGAGGGCAACUAUGACAUGAGCCAAGGCCCCGACUCCGAGGCGCUGGGCGCCGCAUCGGCGCUGGCAGUGCUUACGGCGCUUUGCGCCACUGCCGCAGGUUGGUGGCUGGGCAUCUUCCGGUGCCGCUGCGGCCGUUUCCGGGGCUUCGCCCGGGCCUCCCUGGGCGUGGCGGAGCGGCUGGGCGACCAGGUGGCAGCCAGAUACAGGAUCCAGAGGCCCUUCACCGGCGCCGUGCUGUUUGUUUGGAUCCUGUGGUGCUUUUUCUUGGUGGUGCUGUGCCCGGUUGCCUAUGGCCUCAGCCGCCGCACUGAGUGCGGCCCUGGCAGCUGCGCGCCAGAGCCGGGCUCCCCACUGUUGCCCACCUGUGGGGUCGGGAACUGCAGCUGCGGCGGCCUCGCGGAUUUGACUUGCGUACUGGCAACGACUGGCCAAGACCUGUCCAUUUGCAAGAACGUGAAGCAGCCUAUGUGCACUGCCUCGCCCCUGGAGCCCGCCAGCGGCGUGCAGAUGCCGCUGCUGGCUGCGGCAGUGGGCAGCACCGCCUUGGCUGUGCUGCUGGGCCUCGCCUGGCUGCUGAACACCUGGUGCCUGUAUGCUGGCUGGAUGCGCUCUCCUAGGGACGUGGUGAUGCUGCCGCAGAUCAUGUAUCACAGGUUCUCAGUGAACUUCCGCUCGCGCCAAGAGAAAAAGCUGAUUUUCACCCUGGGCGCGGAGGAUGAUCCUUUGGCCGUUGCCGCGGCUUUGAUGCCUCAAUGCCACCGUCCUAGUGCCAUCAUGUACCAGGCGCCGGGGAUGAUGACGGGCACCUAUAUGCCCAUUAUGCCCGGCUCACCAGGCACAGGCUCGGAAUGGGCAACUGGCUAUAAUAUGCCUCCAGCGGCAGGCGAGAGCGGCUAUGAGCCCAAGUGGUGCUGACCCAUCGCCACUAGGCACGAGUGAUGCAGCAUGCAAAUCGGUGAGUUGAACGAAACUGAGAUGCCGCGUUUCGGGAAUUCAUUGGCUCGCCUUGCCUCUGGCUCCCACAAGGGAAGUUGCAACUGCGAGCGUUUCACCAGGCAAGGCUUUGGCAAGUAGCCCGAAGAGAUAUUGCCUUGACGACCCCAAGAACUGACGCCU